AUGUUAGGCAAGAUAUUAUGGAGCGGUGUCGAACUAACCCACCAGAGCUUCUGCGCCAUGAAAAAGCUGAUGAAAACUAAUAACAAAGUCUUAGAACAAUUGGUCAAAAACUGGAUGAUGGGUCGAAAAGUACGCGACUAUAUUAGUGACCGCGUGAGCAAUCAGUGGUGUCUGAAUCCCAGCUCUGCGGUGUCCGAGUCCAUGAUAUGGCAGCUACUUGUGAAUGAAGAACCAUUUAAUGCCUGCAACGAUCUUAUCACCGGAAUUAUUCGAGAUGACUCCGUCGACUGCUACAACCUGCUCCGCGAGUUGAUGUCUGAAGAGGAUAAGUUCCCGGAUAAUAUGAUGGCUUGUCUCAAUGAGCGGGGGUGGACUUUCUUUUCUCUGGCUGUACAUGCUAGGGCUGACAGAAUUCUUCAUGGUCAUCGGAUUGCAUGCGCAUGUAAACAGGAUCUGGAUAAAAUGGACUGA